GGACGGACACCCAACAUGGCAUCUCCCGUUACCUUUAUCUCUACCAGAACACAAGGUCUAGCUGCCAGCAUCAGCCUAAAUAGUUCUUCCCCAAACCUCAUUCCAAUGGCCUUCUCUGCAACCAUCUCAAGUUGCCAGACUUCACCCUUUCUCAACAACCCCAGCAAUGUCCUCGAAAACCUCUCUAGAAUCCCAUUUGUGCUCCUCAAACGUGUUCCUACGAAAACUAAAGCCACCCAUAUUGCAAAAUCAUCUCUGUUCCAACCACUACUUACUGAAGAAGUAAUGACCAAGUCCCUGCAACAAACCCCUUUACACGCAUCCCAAUUCGAAGAAUACAUGGCCACGAAGGCAAAAAACGUGAACAAAGCAUUGGGUGAGGCCGUGCCUCUGCAACAUCCCUUGAAAAUCCACGAGGCGAUGAGAUACUCGCUUCUUGCCGGUGGAAAGCGUGUCCGUCCGAUUUUAUGCAUUGCUUCGUGUGAAUUGGUGGGAGGGGAUGAGUCCUUAGCGAUGCCGAUUGCUUGUGCUGCCGAGAUGAUCCACACCAUGUCACUAAUCCACGAUGAUCUUCCUUGCAUGGACAACGAUGGUCUUCGGCGCGGUAAGCCCACAAACCACAAGGUUUUCGGCGAAGAAACUGCUGUCUUAGCCGGUGAUGCACUCCUAUCCCUUGCCUUCCAACACGUAGCAGCCAAGACCACAAAAGUUUCUCCCGACCGCGUCAUCCAAGCCAUUGCAGAGCUGGGCUCAGCAGUCGGCUCAGAAGGGCUUGUGGGGGGGCAAUUAAUGGACCUUUGUAGCGAGGGAACAGAGGUGAGUUUGAGUGAGUUGGAGUACAUUCAUGUCCAUAAAACAGCGAAGCUCCUGGAGGCUUCAGCUGUGUGUGGGGUGAUAAUGGCAGGUGGGAACGUGAUUGAGAUAGAGAGGGUGAGGAAUUAUGCGAGGUGUGUAGGGCUGUUAUUUCAGGUGGUGGAUGAUAUUUUGGAUGUGACAAAGUCGUCGGAGGAGCUGGGAAAGACAGCCGGGAAGGAUUUGGCAAGCGACAAGGCUACAUAUCCUAAGCUAAUGGGCAUCGACAAGGCCGACAAGUUUGCCCGCAUACUGGCGGAUCAAGCAAUGCAAGAGCUUGCCUACUUCGAACCCACAAAAGCUGCCCCCUUGUGCUAUUUAGCUGACUACAUUGCCAAUCGGAAGAAUUAGGGGGCCCACUUUCAUGGCUGCUUUAGAUUUUUAUGUCACAAAAUUGCUGGUUGCUCGAGCCUUAAGAUUUUUAGCACUUAUUGUGCACAACUCUUGGGGAUGUAAUAUAUUUAUUGGUUAAAGCACACAUGGUACUUCAAAUCUAUGUUAAAUCAAGCAAUUUUUUCUUUAUGUUAGAUAUAAUUGAAGUUA